AUGCCAAAGAAAACGGACGACUGCUCUACUUGGACUACCCAAUUCACACCGAAAUCAUCUGAACCAACCAUUGUCAAUGACCUCUGGGAUGGUCGCCGAUAUACAGUACCUUGGUCGGGGAGCAAAUACAACAUCUUCAUAAAUGAAACCAACCAAGCGAUUUGCUCAGAUGAGGAGGGCAGGCUCUACGUUGAGGAUAUCAAAAUUGACCAAAACAAGCAGUAUACAUGGCUAUGUGUCGAGAAGAAUGGGUAUUUUGGCUUUGUUAAUACCGACACCGGCAAAUUCAUGGGUCAUAACAAUGCCAACAAAAUGCGCUCAACAGCAGUCAACCAGCAAGCCUGGGAAUUCAUGACGGUGAGAAAACAUCCACAGGCAGGCUACGAAUUACUCAUGCCAUACUGGUGGCACACUCUGAAGAAAGUUUGCGUUUUAAAGGGCUCCAACGAUGUGGUGUUGCAGCAGCAUGUAACAACUCUAUGGCAGUUUGUUAAGGUGGAUUAA